CUUUCGCUUCCUCUCCCUCUAAAACAGACACAAUCCUGCUCUUAGGAAAGCUGGGUGCGUGAGAACGGGAAGUGCACCACGUUUUUCUGGAUUACAACAAACCUUUUAUAAUCUUCUAUCAAUUUUUUUUUUUUUGUGUCGUUAUGGAAGAAGAUUAGCAAGAUGGAAACGUCUACCCAAUAACAAUUACGUUUGGGUGUCAGGCAAGAAAGCCAAGGCCAGGGCUCCGCUAAUGAGGACCUCCCCCUUGCCAUCCGGCGCGAGUCCACGAUUGGCCGCAUGGAGAACAGACGUGGCCCGCAGCCUCCGCAGCUCAACGGCCAGCCCCGAGAGGCCUCAUCCGGGGCACAUUCCCCUGAGCGCCGGUCCCCGUCAGUCGCCGAUGCCACCUCCCUCAUCUCCCUCACCCAGACAGAUGAGCUCUUUGACCUGAUAGCCAGCUCGCAGGGCCGCAGACUGGACGAGCAGAGGGCCAGCAUCGACGAUCAGCUGGGCAUCGCGAUAGCACAGAGCAACGUCAGCCAGCAUUGCGCAACCUGCAAUCCACAGGACCUAAGUGAUGAAUUCUUUAAUAUGCUCAUAAAAUAUCAGUCUUCCCGGAUCAAUGAUCAGAGGUGCUCUCUACCUCCAGCUCCAGAUCCAGACGAAGACUUUUUCAAUCUUAUUCAAAGAGUGCAGGCUAAACGUAUGGAUGAGCAGCGGGUCUCCCUUCAUCCUGAUGAGGAAGAUGACACAGACUCUGAGCCCAAACCUGAGCCCUCUGAAGUCUCCAGCUAGAGACUGCCGAGCUUGAGUGUUAACACAUUCAUUAAGCACUGACUCUGAAAGGCCAUUCCGGACCACACACUUCUGAGAGGGAUAUAUUACAGUUAGGUGACUUUGGUUUGAAAAAGGUCUAGACUUUAAAGUCUAGCAAAGGCAUAAAGUCUUUACCACUGUUUCCCAUACCUAGUCCUAGUAUGUCUGCACUAUAUAUUUAGCGUUUGGCCUGCUCUUAAAAAGCUUUACUCCGUUUAUCGGCUAGUUAGACCUUCAUGCAUUAACUCACAUUUUCACGGGUUCAAAACGGACGCGUUAGGGCGAACAAAACGCUCACAUUUGCUGCGCAGGGUUGCUUCGGGACAAAACUUGGAAAACAUCGGUAUAGUCUAACACUUUACGUUCAAGGGGCAAAGCGGUGGGACCCAAACACGAACAAUUUAACAUAAAACGAGGGAACGAAAAAGUAAAUCCGUUAUUCUUUAUAGUUGCACUCACAAAAAUGUUUGUUCUCAACGUCACCAUCGAUAACUAUUAACGUAUGGUUGACAGCCUACUUAAGGUUAACAGUACUAACUUCUGUCGCACAAAGUAAUGUAGGUCAGGAUCACAACGGCUGUCGGUCAUAACCUGCAAGCAGAUACGGUUCUGAUAAGCCUAAUGAGGUCAGUAUGUUACACAACACAAUAAGUUCUGGAUUCCUGGAACAUGAGAGUUAUCCAUGGCAUAGGGUUUCUUCAUUGUACUUUCAGCUAUAUUAUGAGCCACGACUCUCUUAUUCCUUAGAUAAACAACUAAUAAUAGGAUAAUUACGAAAUGCACAAGUUCUAAAGAUAAUCUGAAUUGAUGAUUAUGAAUAAAGUUUUUGUAUACAGUUUUGAUCAGCAAAACGUGUCGAUAGAUUAUUAUUUUAAAUCCUAACACUUUUUAUGUUUCAAACAAUAAACAAAGAAUGAAUGCUUUAAUGCAUUUUCAUGAUCACAAAAAUGUAUCUUCAUGUUCAUGUUCAUGUUCAAAGAUGUGUGCAUCUUUUUAAGUCAUAAUCUCAAUUAAAACAAAACCCUUACAGCACAAAA